AUGCGGUUGCUCAUAGUGUCAGUGGUUAGUUUGCUGGCGGCUAGGAGUUGUGCGUAUCCGGCCGCUGCCUCCGGAUACCCCUACCGUGCUGAGUUGCUUGCUUAUAGUCCAGCGCGUGGAGAAUUUCCUGUGGUGAAUGCAUUAGCGUCCGGUUAUGUAAGCUAUCUCAAUCCACAGGGUGCAGAGCAUUUGAUUGGCUACAAAUACACUGAGCCAGUGCAAAGCAGGAGAAUCACUAACGAAGAGUAUUUAAAUCAGCUCAUCAAGGGGUCACUUAAUAAAGAUGAAGCUGAGAUCACCAAAGCACGAGAGGAACAUUUUCGUUUAUGGUCAAUUCAGCAGUAUGACCAAUAUAGGCAAGAAACUGAGCGCCUUAAAAUGGCUGGUCAGGAGCCCUCAGCUGAUUUACUUUCAAAAAUUAGAACUCUAGAGACUAUCAUUAUUGCUGCAAGACGCGGCGCUAAUCUCGAAAAUCCACUAACGAAGCAAGUACGCGAAGAGCAUUUACAGUUAUGGAAUGGGGCACGUCUGGCAGGGCUGCAGCUGGAAGCUGAAAAAACGAAACAACAAACAGGUGUUGCCGAGUCAUCAGUGAAACCAAAAAUUUAUUUACGUUUCCAAGGCGCAGAGUUGUCUAAAGAGGCACCAUCCCAAAUUGCAGUUGUGGGUGAAACGGCUGAGCAGAAGAAGGCGCGGGAGGAACACUUGCGCAUCUAUCAGGAGCAAUUGGAACGGCACUUGAAGAUCGUGGAAGAGUUACAAAAGAAAGCACAAUUUAUUGCAGAAACCGAGACUGACACCAUUAACGGGGCUGAGCCAGCACCCACGUCUGCACAACCACUUCAACUGUAUACACCAAUCGCCGCCAAUAUGCAGACAGCCACUACAAAAUCCAUCUCCGAUGCUGGUAUUUACCAAAGUCAGCAACAGGCGUACGCUGCAGUGCAAGAAACAGCUGAAGUGCAACGUGCACGAGAGGAGCACCUGAAGCUGGUGAAAGAGGCACACUUGAAAGCCAGUCAAUAUCAAUCACAGAACUCCCAAAUUGCCAACGAGCCAAAACCUACGCUAUACGCAGCAGUAGCUGUAUUAGCAGAUAAAUCAGCUGAACAAUUCAAAAACGAAGAGGUGCGUUUACGUGUCGAGGAGGCAAAACAGCGUGAAGCUGAAAUUCUGGCUGAAGCUGAACGUAUUAAGGAAGAGGAACGUUUGCAAGGUGAAGAGCUGCUACGCUUGCAGCAAGAAGAGCGGCGCCGCCAAGAGCAGGAACGUUUAGAUCAGUCUAAUGAAAAUAAGGAAGCUGUGCACUAUGCCGAAAAGCCGCAACUACCGGCUGUGGAGCAAUCGAAAGAAACCCUCGAACAAUUAAUCCAAACACAAAUCAAAACAGGCGGAGAUCCCAGUGUAACAUAUGACAUCCGUGAAAAGGAAAAAUAUGCUGCCAAUCCAUAUUUACUGCGUUUUGCAACUACAGCUGCAAGUCAGAUCGGUACACCCGUUGCCACCACUGCCUAUUACAUUGGUGCACAGAAGCCUGGACUUCAGCAACAGAACUAUGCCAAUCCCGGUUAUUACUACCUGCGCGAUGCCAGCGAUAGUUACAUUAAAUUGGAUAAUCCCUACUUCUUGCAAUACUUUACGAACCAACAGGGUGGUAAGGCAACCCUGGCAACUGCUGAUGCAGCAUCGCUUUCAUCCGCACUUGCAGCUUUAAACCAAGGGCAAAAGAUCGAACAACCUCCUGUUACAUCGUUCGCUGAGAAACCCAUUGUGCCCAUCAUACCGAUUGCAUCCAUCGCUCCAAUCACCCCAGCAGGAACAAUUGCACCGGUCACGCCAUUAGUUCCAAUCGCGCCGAUUGCUUCUAGCGCAGCUGCCACCAUGAAAAUCGACUAUGGCAAUGAUCCUGCUUUAGCUGCUUUGGAAAAGGCGACACGCGACCAUUUCCGCGCGCAUGAAAUCGCUUUGGAGCAAUUGCGUUUGGCCAACCAAAAGCAACCGGCGCAAAAGGAUUGCUACUGAAAGUAGAGUUUUAAGGCAGUUUUGGCUCUUUACACAAUUUUAUUAAUACGAAUGUAUGCACAAAAAUACAGAUGAUACUUUUUAUUGAUUCCCGGAUUCGUGAAGUUGGUAUACUCAUGACCUGGGUUGUUCUAUUUAGUUACUAUAAGCCAUAAUUUUUAGUGUUUAUUUAAUGAAGCAAGUAUUGAAAAACAAUAAAAAAAGAGUUUG